ACCAAUAACAUCCGGUGACACACUGAGGAAGACGACAGUCGUACGUCGAAACAUGUCAGAUCUGAUUCAGUGCACAAAUGAGAUGAACGUGAACAUCCCUCACCUGGCGGACAUGCUGUUUGAACGCACCACCAACACCAGUUGGGUGGUCGUGUUCAAAUCCCUCACCACCACACACCACCUCAUGGUCUAUGGCAAUGAGAGAUUUAUUCAGUACUUGGCUUCCAGGAACACAUUAUUCAACCUCAGUAAUUUUUUGGACAAAAGUGGCUUACAAGGCUAUGAUAUGUCCACUUUCAUCCGGCGGUAUAGCCGUUAUCUUAACGAAAAGGCUGUGUCUUACAGACAGGUUGCUUUUGACUUCACUAAAGUGAAGCGGGGGGCAGAUGGCGUUAUGAGAACCAUGAACACAGAGAAGCUGCUGAAGACCCUCCCCAUCAUCCAGAAUCAGAUGGGCUCGCUUCUUGACUUCAAUGUAAAUGCAAACGAACUCACAAAUGGAGUCAUUAAUGCUGCCUUCAUGCUCUUGUUUAAAGAUGCCAUCCGGCUAUUCGCUGCCUAUAAUGAAGGGAUCAUCAGCCUGCUUGAGAAGUACUUUGAUAUGAAGAAAGCCCAGUGUAAAGAAGGACUUGACAUCUAUAAGAAAUUCCUCACCCGUAUGACGAGGAUCUCAGAGUUCCUCAAAGUUGCUGAGCAAGUGGGCAUUGACCGAGGUGAUAUACCGGACUUGUCUCAGGCCCCCAGUAGUCUCCUGGAUGCAUUGGAGCAGCACUUGGCAUCACUAGAGGGAAAAAAGGUGAAGGACUCGACAGCAGCAAGCAGGGCCAGCACACUGUCCAACGCUGUGUCCUCUCUGGCAAACACGGGCAUAUCUUUCACCAAAGUGGAUGAGAGGGAAAAGCAGGCAGCCCUAGAGGAGGAACAAGCUCGUUUAAAAACACUUAAGGAGCAGCGCCUGAAAGAACUCUCCAAAAAGCCUUCCACAUCCUCAACCACAGCUGCCUCUCCAGUAUCCACAGCCUCUGGCAGCAUCAGCACUGCUCCAGCAAUUGACCUGUUCUCCACACCCAGCUCCACUAACAGUGCUUCAAAGGUGCCAAAUGAUCUGCUGGAUCUCCAGCCAGCAUUCCAGCCAUCUCUAUCUCUCCAUACUGCUCUUCCUGUAGCGAACACAUGGGGAGGGUUUUCAGCAUCUCCCAUCCCUCAGCCAGCCAGCUCUUCUGGCGUUAACGUUGAUGAGACUGUGUUUGGCAAUAAAUCCACUGCUAACAGCACAGAUGCUGCUGAUGUUUUAGGUGGUAUCCUGAAACCCUCAGUAACUUCUGUAAGCCAGGGCAUGCCACCCAGUGUCCAACAGCCUGGCAAACUGGUGUCUGCUGACCUGGACUCCUCUCUGGCCAACCUUGUGGGCAAUCUGGGUAUUGGAAAUGGCACAGCAAAAAAUGACCUUCACUGGAGUCAGCCUGGUGAGAAGAAGCUAACUGGUGGAACCAACUGGCAACCAAAGACCGCGCCGACCACGACGUGGAACCCUGCCAGCAUGGCACCAUCCAUCAUGGCUUUCCCUGCCACAACACCCACAGGCAUGGUGAGAUACACAGUGCCAGCACAGAUAGGUUCAGUGACCAUGAUGACACAACCUACCAUGAUGUAUACUCAACCUGUGAUGAGGCCAGCGAACCCUUUCGACCCAAUCUCAGGAGCACAGCCCUCAGCUGCCUCUAGUCCUUCCAGUCAGAGUACUCUCCAGCCUCCAGGACAGGACCCCUUUGCACAGCUUUCUCUCAAGGAGUUCCUUUAGGGAU